UGUGCUAGGUGCCGGGAUACAGGUGGUCUCGGUCGUUUACUCGCCGGACACUGCGGAACCCACGGAGGCAGGAGGCGGUCGGGGGACGCGGCGUGUAGGUGAAUCCAGCUUGGCUGGAUCGACACACACUAACUGUGGGAAGCUCAACUUCCUGGAUGGGAAGCAGGAAGUCAAGAAAGCCAAAAUUCCGUUACUUUAAUUGAACACCGAGCGGUGAAAGACAGGUGGUUUUCCACCUGUUCGUCUAGAUGGAAAGCUCAGAUUCCGAAGAUGAAGGCGACGGAGCGGAGAGCCUCGGCGGAAGUCAGACCGACCGACUCCUCCGGGAAGAAGAUUUCUUCCGAUUCGUAAAUAAUCUGACUGUAGAGGAUUAUAAACUUAUGCGGGAUAACAAUUUGCUUGGCAUCCCAGGAGAAAGUACAGAAGAAGAACUGCUGAGAAGACUUCAACUUCUUAAAGAAGACGCACCACAAAACACAGAUGAAAACACAGGUGGAGGAGACUCCACAGAUGAUGUGUCCAGUGGUGACUCUCUAAGAGACUGGCUUAACUCUGUUACACAAACUGAAAAUGUGACAGGUGAGCAAAGAGAAAACCAAUCUUGGACAGAAGUGAACCAGACUGAUCCAAACAGUGAAGACUCCAAAAUAAAUUCAGAAAGAAGUGCCAACUAUAAUACUGAGAGCCCAGAUAUGGAGAAUGGAUAUGCACCAUCUCCAAGACUUCAUGGAACAGAAAAUACGGAAGACAGCCAGAGCCAAAUGGAUAAUUUACCAUGUGAAUCAAUAUAUACAAAACCGUUUAAGUGUGAACAAAGUGCUAAUGAAUCAGUGGACAUCCCACCUACCAGAGGUCAGAGGAGAGCAAGAAGCAGAAGCCCAGACCAUAGAAGAACCAGAGCGAGAAUUGACGGUGGUGGAGACUCCUCAGAUGAUGUGUCCAGUGGUGAUUCUCUAAGAGACUGGCUUAACUCUGUUACACAAACUAAAAAUGUGACAGGUGAGCAAAGAGAAAACCAAUCUUGGACAGAAGUGAACCAGACUGAUCCAAACAGUGAAGAUUCCAAAAUAAAUUCAGAAAGAAAUGCUAACCAUAAUACUGAGAGCCCGGAUAGGGAGAAUGGAUAUGCACCAUCUCCAAGACUUCAUGGAACAGAAAAUACGGAAGACAGCCAGAGCCAAAUGGAUAAUUUACCAUGUGAAUCAAUAUAUACAAAACCGUUUCGGUGUGAACAAAGCACUAAUAAAUCAUUAGUGGACGUCCCACCUACCAGAGGUCAGAAGAGAGCAAGAAGCUUCAGAAGCCCAGACCAUAGAAGAACCAGAGCGAGAACUGACGGUGGUGGAGACUCCUCAGAUGAUGUGUCCAGUGGUGACUCUCUAAGAGACUGGCUUAACUCUGUUACACAAACUGAAAAUGUGACAGGUGAGCAAAGAGAAAACCAAUCUUGGACAGAAGUGAACCAGACUGAUCCAAACAGUGAAGAUUCCAAAAUAAAUUCAGAAAGAAAUGCUAACCAUAAUACUGAGAGCCCGGAUAGGGAGAAUGGAUAUGCACCAUCUCCAAGACUUCAUGGAACAGAAAAUACGGAAGACAGCCAGAGCCAAAUGGAUAAUUUACCAUGUGAAUCAAUAUAUACAAAACCGUUUCGGUGUGAACAAAGCACUAAUGAAUCAUUAGUGGACGUCCCACCUACCAGAGGUCAGAAGAGAGCAAGAAGCAGAAGCCCAGACCAUAGAAGAACCAGAGCGAGAACUGACGGUGGUGGAGACUCCUCAGAUGAUGUGUCCAGUAGUGACUCUCUAAUAAACUGGCUUAACUCUGUUACACAAACUGAAAAUGUGACAGGUGAGCAAAGAGAAAACCAAUCUUGGACAGAAGUGAACCAGACUGAUCCAAACAGUGAAGAUUCCAAAAUAAAUUCAGAAAGAAAUGUUAACUAUAAUACUGAGAGCCCGGAUAGGGAGAAUGAAUAUGCACCAUCUCCAAGACUUCAUGAGACAGAAAAUACAGAAGACAGCCAGAGCCAAUUGGAAAAUUCACCAUCUGAAUCGAUAUAUACAAAACCAUUUAGGUGGGAACAAAGCACAAAUGACUCAUUAGUUGACAUCCAACCUACCAGAGGUCAGAGGAGUGCAAGAAGCAGAAGCCCAGACCGUAGAAAUACCAGAGCUAGAAUUAGAGGUAGGUCGAUUAAAGAUUUCCUGAGGGAUAUUGAAGAAGGAUUUCCUCAUGGCAUAAGACCUUGGAAUUAUCAUGAUCUACGGGGAAAUGAAAUUGAAAGAUAUUCUACAACUCAGCACCAAGAAACACCCAGACAGCAAGUAACUAAACCCGAGUUGCAAAACAGAGGUCCUUCUGUAACCUCUGAAAUAGGAAAUGUCAUUCAAGAUGAAUAUUCUUCUGACUCAGACAGCAUUGGUGACCCUUGGGGAUCAAGGUUGAUGAAUUCAGCUAUAUUCUCUGAUACAGAAGAAGGAAGAGUUCAAUCUAGAGAAACUUAUGAGGAAGACAGCAUAGCUAGUAGAACUUGGUUAACAUCUAACAGACCAAACAAUGCUGAGACAUUAGAAAGUGAAAAAGGAGGACUUAGCCAUAUGUUCUCACAUUCUGAGCAGGCUGAUAGGACAGCUUAUGACAGUACCAACAGACUUUCCCUUCACAGGCUUUUAAGUUCUUCUUGCAGUGACACAACAUCUUCUGCAAUUCCGAACACAUCAGAGCAGACAAUGACUGGUUUUAGUGACUCAAGUAACCGUAUGGGCACUACCAACAGACUUUCCCUUCACAGAUUUUUAUGUUCUUGCAGUGAUGCAACAUCUUCUGCAAUUCAGAACACAUCAGAGCAGACAAUGACCAGCAUUAGUGACUCAAGUAACCGCAUGGGCGCUACCAACACACUUUCCCUUCAUAGAUUUUUAUGUUCUUGUUGCAGUGACGCAACAUCUUCUGCAAUUCAGAACACGUCGGAGCAGACAAUGACCGGUUUUAGUGACUCAAGUAACCGUAUGGGCACUACCAACAGACUUUCCCUUCACAGAUUUUUAUGUUCUUGUUGCAGUGACACAACAUCUUCUGCAAUUCAGAACACAUCGGAGCAGACAAUGAACAGUUUUUGUGACUCAAGUAACUGUAUGGGCACUACCAGCAGACUUUCCCUUCAUAGACAUGUAUGUUCUUGUUGCAGUGACACAACAUCUUCUGCAAUUCAGAACACAUCAGAGCAGACAAUGACAGGUUUUAGUGACUCAAGUAACCGUAUGGGCACUACCAGCAGACUUUCCCUUCAUCGAUUUUUAUGUCAUUGUUGCAGUGACGCAACAUCUCAUGCAAUUCAUAACACAUCAGAGCAGACAAUGACAGGUUUUAGUCACUCAAGUAACUGUAUGGGCAGUAACAACAGUCUUUCCCUUCAUAGGCAUUUAUGUUCUUGUUGCAGUGACGCAACAUCUUCUGCAAUUCAGAACACAUCAGAGCAGACAAUGACAGAUUUUAGUGACUCAAGUAACCGUAUGGGCACUACCAGCAGACUUUCCCUUCAUCGAUUUUUAUGUCAUUGUUGCAGUGACGCAACAUCUCAUGCAAUUCAUAACACAUCAGAGCAGACAAUGACAGGUUUUAGUCACUCAAGUAACCGUAAGGGCACUACCAACAGACUUUCCCUUCAUAGAUUUUUAUGUCAUUGUUGCAGUGACGCAACAUCUUCUGCAAUUCAGAACACAUCAGAGCAGACAAUGACAGGUAUUUGUGACUCAAGUAACCGUAUGGGCACUACCAACAGACUUUCCCUUCAUAGAUUUUUAUGUUCUUGUUGUAGUGACACAACAUCUUCUGCAAUUCAGAACACAUCAGAGCAGACAAUGACCGGUUUCAGUGACUCAAGUAACCGUAUGGGCACUACCAACAGACUUUCCCUUCACAGACUUUUAUGUUCUUGUUACAGUGACACAACAUCUUCUGUAAUUCAGAACACAUCGGAGCAGACAAUGACCGGUUUCAGUGACUCAAGUAACCUUAUGGGCAGUACCAACAGACUUUCCCUUCACAGACUUUUAAGUUCUUGUUGCAGUGACACAUCUUCUGCAAUUCAGAACACAUCAGAGCAGACGACAGGUUUUAUUCACUCAAGUAACCAUACAGACAGUGACGGUAAUUUGGAGCCUAAUGUCUCAGCACCAAGUCCAGACAUCGAAAGGACAUCAUCACCAAAUGGAAGAGAUGGUUCUGGUAAUAGUAGUAGUUCUGAUAUCAAUGCAAUUCCUAGAUUUUAUUUCCAUCCAGCUUCGCCAUCACUUUCUAGAUCGAGCUCCAACUAUGCUCCUAGUUCCAGUUCUACUCCUAUUUCCAGUUCCAGCUCCAGUGAUAACAUUUCAGUCAUCAGUUCACAGCUGUUUGAAGGCAAUGAUGAAAGGAGCAUAUCAGGAUUAUCAGAGAACACAACAGGGAGUAGACUUAUAUCCCCGGUAACGUUUGAUGAUAGUGACUCUUGGACCUCCCUUAAUCUGGAUCAGUUUUUCCUCUUAGAAGAAGAUCAGCAUCAAUCUACAGGUCUCACCAAAGCCCAAAUUGACAACUUGGCUAUAAGAUCAUUCGGUGAAAAUGAUGCAUUGAAAUCCUGUAGCAUAUGCCUCACAGAGUUCACAGAAGGCAACAAGAUCCGCACGCUACCUUGUGCCCAUGAAUAUCACGUACACUGCAUCGAUCGCUGGCUGUCGGAGAACACUACCUGUCCUAUUUGUCGCAGGGAAGUAGUAGAUCCUGCUGAGAGGGAAAAUUCUAAUUGAGAUACUAAUUCUCAGCUAUAAAAGCUGUUUUAGUGAUGGACAAAUGAUGCUCACCUGACAACACUCACCUGUCUCACGUCCACGAUUGGAGUAAUACUUAAAUAUAAUAAUCUGAAUGUAUACCAAAAUUUUAUGCAAUA